AGUAAUACUGUUAGUAACGUAUUAUAUGAGUGAACGAUAAGUAUAUAUUAUAAACACAAACACAAAAUAAAUGGCAAAUCAUUUCAAUUCAAAAUAAUAGUCAAACAAUAAUAAGAGCCGAUUAUUGUACCGAUAGUUAUCACCCGAUUGUCACCACACAAGACACGUGUUUUUGUUGGUCAUCCCAUUGAUUGAGAAAUAGCCGCUAAACGCAUCAAACAAUUGAAUUGAAUUGGUUGAGACCUGUUUUGAGGUGAUCACAGACACGUUUUUUCAGUGACACCAAAAGUUUUAACUAUCGGGUAAUUCACGCGACCAGUGGUCACAAUCAAUAGCCAUGGCCUUUACGUUUGCCGCCUUCUCCUAUAUCUGUGGUCUCAUUUUAGAUGCUUUUCUCAUCUUUUUUGCCGUUUUUCACGUGAUAGCGUUUGAUGAGCUGAAGACUGAUUUCAAGAAUCCCAUCGAUCAGUGCAAUACAUUGAAUCCAUUAGUUUUACCCGAAUAUGGCAUUCAUUUGGCAUUCAAUUUAUUGUUUCUCUUUGCCGGCGAAUGGUUGACAAUUAUUUUAAAUGCACCGCUGAUUGCUUAUCACGUCUAUAGAUAUAAGACGCGUCCGAUAAUGUCGAGUCCCGGUCUGUACGACCCGACAACUAUUAUGAAUGCGGAUCAGUUGUCCCGAGCCAUGAAAGAAGGUUGGAUCAAAUUGGCCUUCUAUUUGUUGUCAUUCUUCUACUAUCUUUACGGAAUGAUAUACUCACUCAUACAAAACCCAUAACGACACUCAAAAAAACUAAUCAAAUCAACUAAUUUUUUAUAUAUACUAUUAUUAUUAUUAU